AUGGCGGACAGUCCCGGUCGGCGGCGAUCGCGUCGAGACAGCCUCGACGCGUCGUCCCAGCAUCAGUCGUCGUCGAGCGGGACUGCCGCGACGCGCUCGCCGCCGGGCUCGAAGGAGCGCAAACGAGCCACGGCCAAAGCCAGCAACAGCAACGUGCGAUGGCUCCUCACCCGCAAGACCUGGCGCUACAUGACCGAUGCAGGCCGCCGCCUCAUACCCGAGUCCAUAGCGGCGGCCAAGAUGGCCUCGUCGGUGGCCCACCACCAACAGCAAUCCGAAAACAUUCCGAUCGAGCUGAUCGAGCAGAACUUCCAGGAGAUAUGCUCGAAGGAGACCAAGUUUUUGCCCGUGCCGAAGCGCAAGUACUCCUGUCCGGGCAGCUGGCUGGGUCUUCCUAGCAUACGCGUCAAACCGCCUCGUCGCAUCGGUGGCAGCUGCCGGAUCAAGCCGAGCUGGCUCGACGAGGCCGAGCGCCGCUCCAGAGGCUCCAACUCGAGCUUCGGCGGCGUGCCCUCGAGUCCCGUCAUCAACUCCGGCCGGCUCGACUUCAACAAGGUCAAGCGCGAGUGGCUGCUGACGGACCAUCAUCACAGAUCGUCCGCGACGACGCUGGACAGCAGCGGCGGUGGUGGCGUCGGCGGCAGCGCGUCGAGCUCGCCGGGAGUCGAGCAGGAGCGCCUGAGCCGGGAAGAGGCCGAGACCAGAGAGCUGGAGGAGAUGUUGGAGAGACUCCUGAUUAUGCAGGAGUCGCAGAGCGCCGCCUCGACGAUCACGAGCACGAGCAGCAAUCCGACGACGACGCGCUCGACCUCGGGCGACCACUCGGUACCGGGCUGCGGGCUAGCCAAGGAGCCUUCGUCCAGCACCACAAGUAGUUUAGAUUGCAAGAAGCUCUUUGAAAAGUUGAAUCAGCUUCUCAACCAACUCAUGUCGGACAGUAGACGAGACGAAGCGUCCGGCAAAUCAGCAACAGCAGCAGCAACAACAGCAGCGACCUCUACGUACAGCGGCAGAAGGACUACGACUAAUUAUCCCGCUUCCGCAACAUCCUCGACAAUGACCUCUUUCGAUUCGACCGGUGGCGUUUCCAGGAGGGCCAAGCCUUACCACAGCGACUCGGGGCACCAGAUGCUGCUCGACACCCUGAGGCGCCAAUUCGGCAAGUCGCCCAAUUGCGAUCACAUGAUGCAGGACAUUCUGACGGACAGAAAGAAGUUGUCCGAUCUGUAUUUCGCUGUCAGGCGAGUGAGGAAUUUUCGCGGUCCCAGGUCGACGGGCGUGUGGACCUCGCCCUCGACCAGAUUCUUGACGUCGCCGAGUGGCACGAGCGGCACCGGUGGCAGCCGCAGCCGUCUAGGAAAGAGCGGCGGCGACGACGCGAGGGACGGUCGAGAGGUCACCUCGCCGCCGCCGCUGAUCGCCGUUCAGGGGCCUAGUAUCGAGCGCGGAACCACGCACCAAGGCACGCAGACCGAUCCGGUGUCGCGCGAGACCCUCGACCACUGCCUGCAAGAGCACGUGAAAGAGCAUCAGCAGCAGUUGUCGCCCAAAGAGCAGCAGCAGCAGCAUCACAAAUCCGGUCGUCGGCGUAGCAGCCUCGAGGACGACGUCUCGCCCUCGGUCAGCGACACGAUCAAGCGCUACCUGCGCAUGGCCCGGAAAAAGUCCGUGGACGGCGACAAGGCCGACAGGUUCAAGCGCGUCAACUACGAUCGGAACCUGCGCAACAUCAAGGCCAAGGGCGAGAUAAGCAAGCCCGGCGACGACGACGGCAACAGCAAGGGCUGCCAGACCCAAACCAACUGGAUGAUCGGCUAUCGGGAGAUGGGCAGUAUGCAGCCGGGCGAGGCGCUGCAGCUGCUGCUGCUAUCGGACGACGCGGAGACGACCACCUCGCCCAUCAGCCGCGACGCCAGUUCGAGGAGCAGCAUAGACGCGGGCCUCGGCAGCGAGGAGCCGACGACACCCAAGCAUCAUCAGUCCUUUUUGUCCCAUUUCUUGCACGGUGGCAAUGCGAUGCAAAAGAGCAAGUCGUCGAGCAGCGUGGUGCAUCACAGCAGUCGACUGGUGGCCAAGAAAAUCUUUAAAUCCAGAAGCAAGAGCUCGUCGAGGGCCGUCAACGUCGUUUGCGCUUGGACGCCCCAGGGCAAAUGCACGUGGGCAGGUACGAGUGGGCGUAGGGUAACGCUGCAGGAUACGCCGCUGCGUCAGCUGUCAGACAUCGAACGCAAGGUACUCAGCGUCGUUGCCGUGGCCAAACUCCAAGCUCUCAAUCUCGGCGUUCAAAUAAGGCCGCCUGCCGAAUCGUUGAGCGGCGGCUCGAGCAGUUCCAAGCCCAAGAGACGAGCCUAUUUGCUCAAGCGCAAAGCCCUGACCACCAGCCUCUUCGACAACAAGGGCAAGGAAGAUAAAGACAAGGAUGCGAUCGGCACUGGCUUGGUAUUCGGCUUACCCCUUGCCCAGUGUCUGGAAAACGACAGAAUGUCCCGAGUCGGCAGUACAGGUUCUGGAGAAAUGGGCUACGACAGUGCCCUCGGCCACGCCAGUCGACUCGGCAGCCGAGCCAGCUUCACCAGUCUGUUCGAAUCGACGACCAGCACCUCGGCUAAAACCGACGAGGGCGGCUCGUGGGAGUCCCUGCCGUCGAAGACCGGCACGACGACGGGCAGCGCGGCACUGACCGGAAGCGACUCCGGGGUGCUGCUCGAGCUCGGCGACGGACACCUGUCGGACUUCGAGGUCGUGCCCAACAUCGUGCGCCAGUGCAUCAAGCACCUCGAGCUCACGGGCCUGCACAUGCUCGGCAUCUUUCGCGUCUCGCCGUCGAAGAAGCGAGUGCGUCAGCUGCGCGAGGACUGGGACUGCGGCCGAGAGACGAAGAUCGGCGCCGACCAGUGUCCGCACGACGUUGCGGCCCUGCUCAAGGAGUACUUUCGCGAUCUGCCCGACGCGCUGCUCUGCCGCGAUCUCUAUCAAGCCUUCGUUCACACUCAGAAAAUUCGCAACAGACGACUACAGCACGAAGCGCUGCAGCACUUGGUGCAGCUGUUGCCGACGCCAAAUCGCGAGACUCUGUACGCUUUGUUGAACUUUCUCAGCGAGGUCGCGGCCAACAGCGAAGAUCGUGGCGAGUUGAUCGGCAACAAGAUGGACAAGACCAAUCUUGCUACCGUAUUCGCACCCAACAUACUGCACUGCGUGAAGGCCGGCCACGCGCGCACCGAGCUCUCGGCCGAGCGUGCCGAGGAGCGCAUCGACGUGAUCAACGUCGUUCGGGCACUGCUCGAGCACGUGUCCACUCUCUUCAUCGUACCAGCGGCUUUGGUCGACGAGCUCUACUUGCACAUGAUGGACAGUCAUCCGGCCGAGCUGGAUGCAGUCCUGUCUAGGCGCGCCGACGAACAAUGCCAAGACGAUCCUGAGUUGUGCUGCAGCGAGACGGAAAAUUAUUCGGUGGACGAGACGAGCUCGCCAACGUCGCCGACGUCGCCGACUGCCCUGACGGCCCCUGCCACAGCCGUGUCCAGCAGCAGCGGCACGAGCAGUACGAGUCAGCGGCGCCUCUACUCGCGCCAGGAGUGCCUGCACGAGGCAGGUGGAACGGGCGGCGAUAUCGUCAGUCCCCGACAGCCGCGACGCUCGAACAAGCGUCCGAGCGGCCGUCGGAAAGACGGGCUGGUCGUCGGAGACUCGUCGACCGGACGCAGCAACAGCAUCGACAGCGUCUCGAGUCUCGAAGAUCAUCCAACGCCGACUCUCGCCGAUUCCAGAAAGUCCAAGAGUGGCUCCGUCAUCACGGCCAGUCUGACGAUACCGAUGACCGGAGCCUUGACCCUCAAUCUCGACGACCCCGACAUACCUUACAUCGAGGACACGACGAACAAUGUGGUAAAAAGCGCCUCGCCUAAUGCACCUCCGAGACGACAGAGACAGAGAGCAACGAGCGGAGAUGAUCCCGCGUCGCCGACGAAAUAUUCCGGAGGCAGCGACAGCGCCGUCGGAUCGUCCUCCAAUACGGUCGAACAAGCGCCGAGCUCGCCGUCUUGGGCCACGAGCAGCUGUUCUCCGCCGGCUAGCCCGGACUCGGUCGUUUCGCCUCGACAACAAAAUCCGGAGCAGCAGCAGGCGUCGUUGCAGAGGGUCUCGUUUACGACAUCGAGCGAGCUCAAGCAGAUUCAGAGAUCAUCCAUGCUGGACGCGUAUCAUCAGCGCUCGCAGCCAAGUGCCCAUAAACCGCAGCAGGCGAGCCUCGGCUCAUCUUACAUGUCCGGCGGCGCUACUUCGACCCGCACGCCGGCUUAUACGCCGAGCAUAACCAAUAUCGGCGGUGCCGUUAUGAGAUGUAAAACUGAGGAUAUCGAGCGCAUGAUGAGCCUCAACUGUGGAGAACUGCCAAGCUCGAGCAGUCGUUCGAGUAUUAGUUCGAGUUCCAUCAAGCCGUCGUCCUCGACGUCGAACGUGCUCGAUCACAAAAAGUACACGAAGCGCCGUUACACCGACUCGAGGCAUCAAACGCGCCACAUACCCGAUGCCGAGACUCUCAGCAAAACCAGCAGCAGUCACUUGCCGUCGAUGUCGUUCAUGGGCUCGAGAUUGAGCUCCGUGUUGCAUCCUCACAGCCAAAAGAGCGGCAGCGGCAGUGGGAGUGCUAGCUCUCACCACAGUGGUGGCUCUCGACUGAGCGUCACGACAGGUGGUAGCUCGACGAGUACUUCGACGUCGACAACGACGCAGCCUACUACGUGGAAGCGACGCGAGCUCAUAUCGAGCGCGUCGAAAGGUCCUAUCUUUUGAUUAAAAAUUUCUUAACACAUAUACGUUGAACGAGCGCAGACGAUGUAAAAAGUAAGCUACGCUGUAAAUACUCUACUAUACGUUUUUCGGUAUAAAUUUUUUUUACUAACUUUUUUUAUAUAAAAACGUUUUAUUUUUUCUAUGCGUAAUUUUGUAAAAAAAAAAUGAAAAAAAUAAAGUAAAAAAUAGUAAUAAAAAAUAAAGUAAGACGAUCGAAAGGAUUCGUUUGUGCCACGGAUUCGGGUACGUGGUGUAAAUACAUUAAAUUCUCAUUUCAAAUCUUGGAUUAUAUGCGUAGGUUAAAAAAUUUUGGAGCAAAAUAAAAUUCAUCGUUUGAUGUAAUAAUAAUCUACAACGUAGCGCAUGUAUUGUGAAAAAAAUAUAAAGAGUAGUUUUCCAUUAUCGUCUCGGAUCCAAAUGCUUUUAACUGUUAUUUGUACAUAAUGCUGGUUCGCGGAGAAGUAAAUAUACAAGGCUGCUCUCUCUCGCCUCUUAUUGCCUUGAGGCUAUAUAAAUCGUUGAUUACGCACAGGAAGCCAAUGCAAAAGCUUCGCCGAAGCAAAUCGUUUUACAAUGAAAACAAAAACGAAACGCCACAAUAAUAAGAAAGAAGCCAGCACGAGGGUUGCCAGUACUCGCUGCAGUUUCAGUGGUCUGACCUCAAAUAAAUGUAAUCCCUGUACCCAUUCCAUCCUUCGGAAAUUCGAUGCUUUUUCUCCUGCUCGUUUUCUGUUUACUUCCUAUGUAAAUAAAUUUAUUGGUCUUGUGUUAUUCGCAAUGAAUGACAAUUAGAAGCGAGACGAUAAUUGAAGUUCGAUUGAUAAUUGCACUGUGUAGGAUAGAAAAGUAAGGAAAUCUAAAAAUGUUUUUUGUACUGAGCUCCUACUAGCGAGGAGCUCUGAUACAAUGGCAAACGGACACGUUGGUACUUACUCAUUCGGUAUUUUUUGCGAGCAUGCAAAAAUAAUCAGAAAAUGAAAGUAAUUUUAAAACUAGCAGAGCGAGAAAAUGUUAUUGUUGUCGGUUUUAUUGUUAUCAUUGAAUUUGUUUUAUUUUAUGUAAUUUGAACAU